GAAAUUUUGUUUGAACAAUUUUUUUUGAUAAAAUAUUUGAACAAAUAUUGACAACUUAAUAUUUAAAAUUUGCAUUGAAUGUUUAUAAAAAUUAUAAAUUACGAAAACUUUCAAAAACAUUGCACAAUGAAAAAUUGUUAUGAGCGAUUAAUUUUUUUUUUUAUAAAAAGAUACAAAUAAGUUGAACGCAUCAUUUAACAGUAUAUCAAUAUUAAAAAUAUACUAUUUAUUUAUGUAUAUAUUAUGUAAAUUUAAUUAUAUAAAAUAGAAAAUAGAAAAAACGAUCGUUUGAAUUAAUAAACAUUUUUUUUACGUAUUCACACCAAUUUAAUUAUAUACGUAAUAGUUACUAACGUUUUAAUUAUCCAAUAAUAUAUAUAUAUAUAUAUAUAUAUAUAUAUAUAUAUAUAUAUAUAUAUUAUUUUAUAAUAUAUAAAAGAAUAUAUAAUACGUAAAAUAAUUUAUAGAUACAUGUUCUUGCACGGGUCUUCGUCUAGUAUUUUAUAUAUUGUGCCAUCCACGUUACCAUGUUUAUAUAUUUAUAUUGAACCCUAAAUAGAACCGAUUUUAGUAAAAGGGGCAUAUAACUCUGGAAAGAAAGAAUGAGGGAUUUUAAGAAGAAUCAGCCAUGGAUGAACAAGAAGAGAAGAAGACUAGAGAGAUCCAGAGAUGGUAAACCACAACCAAACCAUAUUCCUCUUGAUCUAACCUUGGAGAUACUCUCACGACUUCCUGCGAAAUCGAUUCUGAGAUAUCAAUGCGUCUCGAAGCUGUGGUCUUCUUCUAUCACUCUUCCUAGUUUUAUCAACUCGUUCACGUCUCGGUCCACUUCACGAUUGCCGACUCUUCUUGUCACCUUCUCAUCAAGUUGGGGAGAUUAUGUUUUCUCGUUUCCUCAACACCAGAUUCCUGACGGGUCGACUUGUUCUUCAUUCUACAGUUAUCAAAUAACAAACACAGAUUGUGACUCUCCACGAUCCCAGAGCGUCCAGGGACUGAUUCUAGUACCCGUGUUAAAAAUUUGGAACCCAACCUUGAGACGGUUUUUAGCCUUACCACAUCCCGGUAAACACAUGUCGACUCGAGACGGUUGGUCGUCUUAUUUAGGAUACAAUUCAUUGGAGGGUAAACACAAAGUACUUUGUGUAUUAACUAAUAAAUAUUCCGAUCAGCCUCAGGUUCUUACACUGGGAGCUAAAGAAUCAUGGAGAAUAAUAACCAAAGGACGUUGCCCUAUGCAUUUCCCAAGGGGAGAAUAUGGGCGAUGCUUCAAUGGGAUUCUGUAUUAUACAGCUCGUCUUCUUGGUGAUGGUCAUGAUAUCAUAAUGAGCUUUGAUGUCAAAUCUGAAAAUUUCAAUAUUAUAAAAUUUCUGGAGGGUCGCUCUCGUAAGCUUCAUAUGAUACCUUAUGAGGGAAGGCUAGCCUUAGUUACUCAUGAUUAUCAUGUUGUUAAACUCUAUAUUUUGGAAGAUGCACAUGGACACGAAUGGAGACGUGAACUCUUUGUUCUUCAUUUACCAUGUGAGAACCUACGGAGGGAUUGUAUACGUUUCAGGGGCAUUACUGAUGCUGGUGAGUUUAUUUUUGCUCCAUGUUGUUUCAAAGAAGCCUUUUAUAUUUUAUAUUUAGAUCCGAGGAGAAGCAGUACUAGAGAAGUGUUUUUUGAAAGAAAUAUGGGUGAGUUUAGACGCCGUUGUGGACUUUCUAGCAGCCACACGCUCACUAUGGAUGUUUUCCCAAAUCACAUCGAGUCUCUUUUCUUUGUAGAGCCACCGCCUUCGGUUCUCAAUGUUACUUUGUUUUUUUUGUAGAGCACCGUCUUAGGUUCUCAAUGUUACUUUGUUUCCUUAAUUAACGUUCUCCAGUGAUUCUUUUAUGUUUUUGACUUUUUCGUGUGAUCUUUUUUGAGAACAUAUAUUGUGUACCUUGAUGUUCUCCAAUGUUACUCCAACAAUGCUUCAAUGAUUCUUAAGUUAUGUC